GGUUCUGGACCAGUAAAAGUUAAUGGAAGACUCACUGGCUUGGCUGAUGGAGAUCAUGGCUUCCAUGUCCAUGAAUUUGGGGACAAUACUAAUGGGUGUACCAGUGCAGGUCCUCACUUCAAUCCUGAAGGCAAGCAGCAUGGUGGACCAAAAGAUGCAGAAAGGCAUGUGGGAGACCUUGGCAAUGUGACUGCCAAAGGAGGAGUGGCAGAAGUGGACAUAGAAGAUUGUGUCAUUUCUCUUAGCGGACCACAUAACAUCAUCGGCCGUACCAUGGUGGUCCAUGAAAAACCUGAUGACCUGGGUAGAGGGGGAGACAAUGAGAGCAAAUUAACUGGAAAUGCUGGACCUCGUUUAGCUUGUGGUGUCAUUGGAAUAGCAAAGAGCUAAGUAUUGUGCCCAAAAUGCUUAAGUGAUGAAUGGGCUGUAUUUCAUUGCAAAUGCUGUACUUGCCCCUCUUUGUGCAAGCAAAAGAUUUAUCACUUAAUCUCAUUAUUACUCUGCAUUCUGAGUAUCACUUAAACUGGUGAAGACUGACUUAAUUUUGUAUGAUGUACAUUGCAAUUAAAGUGACCCUGAU